GGCGGGGCGGCGGUUCCCGCCGGUCCAUGCUGAGGGGCGGCCGGUCUGCCCCGAGUGGCUAGGGGCGGCAUGGCGGGGGCCAUGAAAGUGCUGAGGACGCUGAGGAAUCACUGGAAGAAAACCACAUUCGGAGUCUGCCUGUUGAGCUGGGGCGGGAGCUGGCUGUACGGGAAGCACUGCGAUAACCUGCUGCGAAGAGCUGCAUGCCAAGAAGCCCAGGCUUUUGGCAACCAGCCAAUCCCUUCCAGUAUGCCCCUGAAGAAAGCAACAGUGUUCCUCAACCCGGCAGCUUGCAAAGGCAAAGCCAGGAACCUUUUUGAGAAGAACGCUGCUCCGAUUUUGCACUUAUCUGGCUUGGACGUAACUGUGGUUAAGACUGAUUAUGAGGGACAAGCAAAAAAGCUGCUGGAAUUGAUGGAGAACACAGAUCUCAUCAUUAUUGCAGGAGGAGAUGGAACAGUACAAGAGGUCAUAACUGGACUUCUCCGCAGAGCGGAUGAGGCUGUCUUCAGUAAGAUUCCUAUAGGAUUCAUUCCUCUUGGGAAGAACUGCACGCUGAGCCACACACUCUACCCUAAGAGCACAAACCAAGUCCAACAUAUUACUAAUGCUACAUUGGCUAUUUUGAAGGGAGAGACAGUUCCACUUGAUGUCUUGCAGAUCAAGGGAGAAAAAGAACAGCCUGUGUUUGCAGUGACUGGUUUAAGAUGGGGAUCUUACAGAGAUGCAGAGGUUAAAGCUAGCAAGUACUGGUACCUUGGGCCUCUGAAAACCAAAGCAGCUCACUUUUUCAGUACAUUUAAGGAAUGGCCUCAGAAACAUCAAGCUGCUCUCACAUAUCUGGGUCCAACUGAGAGACCUCCAGAAGAGCCAGAGGAGAAACCAUCCAGACCUCCUUUGUAUGUGAGGCUUUACAGACGACUUCGGUUGUACUGGUCAUCUCCUCCAAAAGAAAUUCCCCAGAAGGUCUUCCCAGAGGACUGGAAAGAAUUGAAUCUAUCCACUAUUGAGCUUUCCAUUGCAACUCAAAACAGGCAUCUGGAUCUAAUGCGCACUGAAGACUUCAUGGAUAUUUGCAUUGAAGCAGACGCUGUCAGCAAAGGAGAGUUCGUAAACAGAGGAAGUCAAAAGAUGAAUGAUCCACAUAUGUGCCCUGAAGGGAGUCAGUGCAUCCAAGCCAGCAGAUGCAUCUUGCAACUUCCAGAGGGCACCGAGGGGUCCUUCGGCAUCGACAACGAGGAGUAUGAAGCUAUGCCUGUGGAGGUGAAGCUGCUACCCCGCAAACUCCGGUUCUUCUGUGAUCCCAGAAGGAGAGACCAGAUGCUCCAGGCAGCAGUACAAUGAGAAUUCAUGCCAAAGAGGCCAGUGUUUACCAAUCCUGUCAGGGUCUCUUCGAGGCACAUGAGACUUCACCAGCCUGAUAAUCCCACCAGACUAUUAUGACAUGUGGCCAUUUUUAUGUACAAAGUACUUCCACUGGAAGCAGCCAAUUUGGAUAAUCUUAAAGGGGUUAAAAAUGCAAAGUUCUGGCAAAUGCAUGUUAGCUUGAUGGCAUCUUUUUUCCUUCCCCAAAGAAGUCAUCAAUGUUCCAUUUUCAACACUGCAGGAAGAGCACUGUGUCAGAUGCUACUGCUUUAAUGCAAUUGUAUAUUAAAGUGAAAUGAAAGCAUGUUUAUCCUUGUGUUUCAAGUCUACUUUACCAAUGUAUAAAUCACAGAAAACCUGGGAUCUUGGAAAUAAAAUCCUUAUCAGGGAGUAAUGCUGAAGAAGUCUGUCAUAUGUUGGAACUGCCACAUUAAAACAGGUGGCUGGUUACCUGUUCCAUCACAAAAUAAAUUAAAAGAUUGGUGAUACAAAGCUUCAGAGGAAGCUUAACAAUUCUCCUGUACUUCUGGAUAUUUGUUAUUUUUUUUCAUCUUCCAGGAUUCAACUGCACAGAGUUCCAGCUAAGAAUAUUGUAGAAAUAUAUUAGUUUGAUCAAGUGUAGGUGUGUUACACACAAGCAAAUGGGAAAAUGUCCUCAUUGACUCAAAGCUGCGUGGAGUACCUGUGUAAAGACUCUUCAACAAGCAAAAUUAGUCUUCUUUUGUAAGUAUUCCUUUUAUUCCUGUAGCAGUAUAAUACAAAAAAAGGGCAUCCAAAUAACUUUCAUUAUUCAUUGUGUCUGGUUGCUCUUCUCUUAUGUAAACAGUGCUUACCACUCCUUACGCAACCUACGUCCCCUUGAGCCUCAGUACUGUAAUCAGUUUUGUUGCUUUUCUGAGCUUCUGUUUAUACCUUCACUUUCAUUGCUGAAAGGAAAUAGUAUUGACUUAGGCAAGGUUAUGUUGCCCUUAUUAUAACUUAAAAGUUCACAUGAUUCUGCCUUGCCAACUGGAAGAAAAAAAUCAAUUCUUUUUUUUCCUGAUGCGAGAGUUGUUUGUAUGUAGUCCCUGUGUUACACUGUGAUCUAUUCUACGUUCAUCUGUUGAUUCUUUGCUGUAAUCAAAAUGAGGACAUCAGUGAACUGACUUCCAGCAGCUUUGCUGAAGACUAUCCUGGCUGCAAGCUGCUGCAACAGCAUCCUCUGCUGGAAGCUGGCUAAAGGCAAAAUGCUCUGAAAGGGGAAGUAGGGUUUGUUUUCUGCAUGAUGCUGGAACCAAUCUGAAUGCCGUCCUUCCCUUGAUUAUACUGUGGAGAAACCCAAGCUAUUGAGACCAGCACACAUCCCUUUUUUGACUAAAGAUCUAGGGAAGUAGAGACCUACUAGUUCUUUUGAAUAGUUAAGCUGGUGAUAGGGCCUGUUUUGUGCUGUCUUUCACCUGCAGCAAUUAAGAGUGCCCUGAGGACCUCUGGGUCACUCCCCAAGGAACAUGUUGGCUGUGCUCUGCUUUUUGCUUGCCAGAGAGACACUCGGAAUAUUGCUCUGCAGCCACUGGCUCACUCAGAGUUGGGGGCAGUCCUCACUGAGUUCUUCCUCAAGCUGAUGCUUCUGUAAAUACAAAAUUGCUGAUUUUCUUGGUGUUUUUUCUUAAGUGGCAGGAAAGACAAGGCAGCAGCCAUCUCAAAAAGGUAAGCUUUAAUUGUAUUUAAAAAUACUCAUGUUUUAGUAAGCAGUUUUACUACACAGCCACAGGCUUAUGGGAGCAACCACAGAUCUGCAAGAUGCAAACAACAUCAGAGUUGUUAGAACUACAACCAGCCUGCUGCAAGGGCUGAGAUGCCGAGAACUAGCUGCCAGUUCAUGUGUACAGGGAAAAGGACUAAUUCUCUUCCAUAGUGUCAGACACAUCGCUCCCUUUGCACUGGGAUUUCUUGCUUGAGGGUAACCAAGAGCUCCCUUCAGAAAUGAUAUUGUUAAUGAUGUUCUGCUGUUUAAAUACCAAGAAUCAUCUGAGACAGGCUGAUAGCUAAAUCAUCCUAUCACCAUAAGUUGAGUAUCUUCUAUAAAUACCAUUCAAGUAAUUCUUCCCCUUCCUCUACAGUCCAGAGGUCUUCCAUUGUGCAUUUCAGACCUCUGAACUGCAACGUGCAGAGGGGAUGUGUGAAGAAAACAUUACAUAAGGUAAGCAAGGGCUGAACUCGCUACCUACGGUGUUGAGGAAAGGACUCAGUUCUCGUGUUUCUGUCUUGAGAGGCAGACAAAUAACUUUGUAAAAACUCCAAGGCAGGAAGGAGUAGAAUCCUAGAUCCCACUCACGAAACACAUGUCCUGGCUUCAACUUAAGAGUCCGUUCUAGAAUAGCUUAAAAUACUGUAAUCUAAGUAAAAAGGAAGGAUAACAACCUAAUGCUGGACCAGCCCAAGGCACCUAUGUAUUAUCACCACAAUUAAACAUUUCUAUGUUAAUGACAUGUUGCAGUAACCAGGACCUGAAAUCCUGGUACCUUCUGGUUUAGACAGAUACAUGACUCAGUCAGUACAUUCCAGUCCCUCACAAAGGACAUUUAUGUUGUCUUCUCCCAUAAUCACUAGACCACUAGCUUUGGGCAGGGGAUGGGAGAGGGUAGAGAUGGCAACUAACUUAGAAGUAAUAGCCGUGAUGAGAGAAUUUGGCUUAGCCUGCUUUGUACUUAGGCUUUGGAAUUAGGACAGAGUGCUCUUGCCAUGCUAUUCCUGAAACUACUGCCUUUCAACCUCCUAGAGCAAAGCAUGCCUGUCUCUUGCAUCUACCACCAAGAGGGCCACAGCUACUUCCAGCUUUUUACCCAUUAACUUUGGCAGUUCUUAAAAAGGAAGUACCACCACAGUAACACUGCUUUACAGAAUAAGCUCCUUUCUUUUGAAAAGGUGAUGGAACUUUCUGCCCUUCAUGAUGCUGGAUAGGCAAGCUCAUCUCUUGUCACAGGCAUGUCCAUUAACUCAAACAUACACUGGAGCAGCAACUUCAUAUAUGCAGAAAAGAAGGUAUUAGCAUGUCUCUAAGACAAAUCUGAAGUCUUAAUUCAGUAAAAUGCCUUUCUCUUAGUAUCUGUUAUAGUUCUUAAUUGUACUUGGCUCUAUACACCUUGGUCUAGGCUUGCA